CCAUCGUGACAACGUGAAUGAGUUUGUUACUUUACUAGCGAUUUAGCUGCUUUAGCAUACACUAAUGCUACGUCGCAUGGAUUCCAUUGAAUGCACUCGUGGUAGACAAGAUUCUUCAAAAAUCGAAGAAAACUUGGACAAAGAUGAUUUUACACCCUCGAAUCUCGGAACAAAAGAUUACUGGGAUGAUGCGUACCAGAGGGAAUUGCAGACAUUCAAAGAUAUUGGAGACGUCGGUGAGAUAUGGUUUGGAGAAGAGAGUAUGGACCGAGUGCUGCGGUGGAUGGAAAAAGAGAAAAUCCCAGAAAAUGCUGCCAUUCUUGAUAUUGGCACAGGCAACGGUGUCCUCUUAGUUGAACUGGCCAAAAGUGGAUACACAAAUCUCACAGGUAUUGAUUAUUCUGCAGCCUCUGUGGAACUUGCAAGAAGUAUAUUACGGGCAGAAAACAUACCUAAUGUGGAACUCAAGGAGAUGGACUUCUUGAGCUGCUCUGGAGAGCUGAGCUGCUUUGAUUUAUGCAUUGACAAGGGCACAUUUGAUGCCAUAAGUCUGAACCCAGCCAACACUGAGGAGGGCAAAACAUGUUAUGUCCAAGCCCUUAGAGGGGCACUGAAGGAGGACGGUCUAUUUGUUAUCACAUCUUGUAACUGGACUAAGGAACAGCUACUACAGAUGUUCAGCCAAGGGUUUGGUUUUGUGAAAGAGUUACCUACACCCUGCUUCCAGUUUGGUGGCAAGACUGGCAACAGUGUGACAGCAAUCAUCUUCAAACGACUACACUGACAUUUGCCAUCAAGCAAGUUGUAUAAAAGUUGUUUUCAUGGACUCUUACACAAUCAUCAAAUGCUGAAUUUAACAUUUUAAUUUGUAAAAUUGUUUGAGAAAAUAUAUUAUCAACAGAAAUCAGUAUUCCCCUUAAUUAAGUAAAAAAUGUAUGACUUUCUUUUAAAUGUUUCUAAUUUGAUCUGCAAUUGUUCUGAUUUUAAUCAUUUGAUAUUGAUAUUAUUAUUAUUAACUUGCCACUCCUCCUGACAUGAACAUAUCACUGUACCUGAUUUCCUUUCACAAAGUGUAUGUAAAAUGUAAAGGUUAAUGUAAUAAUGAGAGCCAUCCAAAUUAUUUUUCUGUUUUUUACCAGGCAGGUAUGACUAAGAACACCUUCUUAUGACCUGGAAGCAAUUGAGGUUAACUGCCAUGCCUUUUCACCUUACUGUAUCUGCUCUAUCAUCUUGCCGGCCCUAUUUCCUUUGUUAUUAUGAAUGUUUUUUCCAUAUUAGUGGAUUCGCCUGCAUGUAUUCCAUAGUUCAGGGGAAAUAUGCACAGAUUGUGCAAUGCGUGUGUGUGUUUCUGACUUAACUACAUACAGAAAAUGUCCCCAACUGGGACAGAAAAGGUCUUGCUAAUGGGUCAUUUUUUAGUUUUAGUAAGUUAGAUUUUAUUUUAUUUAAGGGCACUAAACUUUGGUGUCCCUAUUACAAACAUAUCAUUACUUUUUUUUUUCCAUCUAGCUGGUUUGCAAAUUUAAUUUCAGUACUAGACAGUUUUAACCUGGUUUUGCAUACAUGUACCAGUAAAGGCAAAUGGAUACAAAAGUUACCAUCAUGGA